AUGAGAAAAGGAUUUAUUGAAGAACUAUGCUGUAAUCUACACGCUAGAUUUCCAGAGGAGAGUUUACAUGUUUUACCAUGCCUUGAUAAGGUUCUGAACCCCAUUCGUUUUUCUGAAUCACAAGACGACAUUGUCGCAUAUGCUCGGGAUUCCCUUGACGUGUUGAUAACUCAGUUCAGCCCUGUGAAUGGACAAGAGGAAAAUGAUGUCACAGGUGUUGUCAAUGGCGACCGUGCUAGGAAGGACUUCAGCCAUUACAAAACAACUGUCCGUGGUCUUGGCACCACUUCACUAGAAACAAAUUGUCGUGCCAUUAUUAUGGAGUAUGGUGACAUUUACCCAGACUUUGCUGUGUUGGCAAAGAUUGCCAUGACAAUCCCAGUGAGCACCAUGGCUGCAGAGAGGGGAAUGUCUGAACCUCAAGAAAAGGUAGACGUUGGAAGCUUAAAAGACAACUUCUUGGAAUGCCCCGUGUGUGUGGAACAUUUCAACCAGACAGACCGUUGUCCUCGUCUCCUCCACUCCUGCUUACACGCCUUUUGUACACAGUGUCUUCAGCAGCUUCUUGUCAAGGAGAGGAAAGGUCAGAUCACAUGUCCGUUAUGUCGUCAAGUCCAAAGAGUCCAUGGAAACGCUGACACACUCCAGGUUGAUGGCCUGAGGGACAAGCUAGUAGAGUUCCUGCAGAUCAAGCAGGAUAAGAAGGCCCAGUGCAGUGAGUGUCCUGAGAGGAAUGAGGCUGUGUCACGAUGUCAAGAAUGUCACAGCUAUCUGUGUAAGGAGUGUGACUUUGUACACAGACGUCAUCGGCUUAGCAGAGACCAUGUCAUCGUGUCUCUUGGGGACCUUAUUGACCAGCCAAUAACGUCAUUUGCAAAAGGUCAUUUUUGUCCUAAACACCCGAAACACAACCUUGAAUUCUACUGUGCAACAGAAGAGAAACUAUGCUGUGUCUCCUGUACAGUUCUAGACCACAAAGGUCAUGAUUUGCAGCAGCUGGAAGAGGCAUCAGCUGCAAGGAAGGCAGAACUGGAAACCAAACUCACUCAAGUUCAUGGCCAUGCAGAUCGUUUAAGAAAUAAUAAGAAACAAAUAAAACGCCAAGAAAAGCAUAUUGAAGACAUGAGGGCAAAAUCUUUAUCAGAUAUUAACACCAUGUUUGAUCACUUCAAGACCGUUUUGGACAAGAGAAAACUGCAGCUGGAGACUGAUGUAAAACAAAGAAGUGCCCGUUUGUUAUCCAUUCUUCAAAAGAAAAUGGAAUCUAAUGACCAGACUUUAGCGGUUAUAGACUCUACUGACACAUAUUUUGCACAGGCCAAAGAGAAGGCUGACGUUGUUGAGAUGCUGCAGAUGUAUCCUGCUAUAAACAGGAGCCUGGAAUCACUGACUGAUACACCUACCAGUUUGCAGCUUGGUAUUGAACAAACUAUGCUAGACAUCAGAUUUGUGCCACAAGAAGCUUCUAACAUAGAAGCACUGAUGGCCAAUGUUGGCAUUUUAUCAAGACCCAUGGAAGGAAUCGUCGCAGAAGGUCUAGUGCCACAACACCUGGAUGAUCAAACAGCAGGUCUUAUGACAGUUGUAAAGAGGAAAGGACAUGAAUAUCACCUAUGCCCACAGACAUCAGCACAAGGACAUGUAGAUAUGAAAGUCACCCAGUUAGAUGCUGCGAUCCAUCUAUUUGGACAAGAUGAAGUUUCAAAUUUCUGUGAAGUGAAGAAUGACCCUGCUAAUCUUGGCCAGAGAAAGGUCUUCUUCUGCACGGUCCAUGGAUCUCUACUUACCAUCAAGGUUUAUAAGACAAAUAUCACAACCCUGCCUGUUGAUGUAAUUGUAAAUGGUGCAAAUGAGAAUCUGAGCCAUGGAGGAGGUGUGGCCAGAGCUAUUGCAAAAGCUGCUGGAUCCAUGAUGGAAAAUGAGAGUCAGAAGGUAGUGGCAAGCAAACAGAUUCCUGUAACAGAAUUAGCUGUUACAACUGCUGGUAAUUUACCUUCGAAGAAAAUCUUUCACGCUGUUGGACCACGUUGGUCAAAUUAUAACAUGAAAGAUUUGUGCUCAAGGGAUUUAUGUUUCACAAUACUGAGAUGUCUGUGUGCUGCCAGGAAUUGGGGCUUUACUUCCAUUGCAUUCCCUUCCAUAAGUGCAGCUAUAUUUGGGGUUCCACAGGAUGUCUGUGCCAGGAUGUAUGUACAAGCCCUGAAGACGUUUGAUACAGUUGCAUCUGGAGGAUCUCUUAGAGAGGUUCACUUUGUGGAUGUCAGUGAUACUAUGGUCACUGCUAUUGCAAAGGAGUUAGCAAAUAGCUGGAAAACACCUCUGGAAGGAAACGAUUUUGAUAGGGACAGAGCCUUCAUUUACAGAUGUUUGGGAACAUAUUUUGGUAUUUCACUUUCACAUCACUCAAACCAGAGUAGUGACAAGCAUCAACAAGUGUCUGAAACCAUGUCUGCUGCACACAAUGACAUCAACAAUGGAUAUUUCAAGUUCUCUGAUGGUGUCUCAAUCAACAUCUUCCAAAGUGAUGUCUUUGAAACAAAGGCUAGUGCUCUGGUUUCAUGGGAAGAUACUACACUCUGGGGUAUCCAGCCUUUUAUAAAGGCUAUGAUUAAAGCAGGGGGAUCUGGUUAUGAAGCUGAAAGGAAAAGAAAUUGGUCACAGAUGUCAGUGCAAGGCAAAAUUGCAGAAACAUCUGGGGGAAAACUGCCUCUAGAUCAUAUUUUCCAUGCCGUUGUUGGUGUAUCUAUAACUCCAUCAGCCUUUGAAAAGCUUCUUAGGCAGAUAAUUGGCAUGUGUGUGAAGAAGGAGUGCCACUGUGUACUUAUUCCUGUGUGCAACCAAAUCAUUACAGGUGGUUCUUCAAAAAAUAAACUUCAGUUGUUCAUCGAAACAAUGGUUGACAGUCUAAGUGACUUAGCACGCCACAAGUCACAGCCGACAUUACAUGUGCAUAUUGCAGAACAACAGCAGCAUGUUGUAGAUGAAUUGAAACAGAUCCUACAGCAAUACCUGACAUCAUGUGGAUAUGGUAAGGGUUCAGCAGACAACCAGAAGACAGAAGCCUCAGGAGGGGAGCAAUGUUUCAUCUGUGUCAGUGCCAUUGUUAAUCCAAAGACACUUAAGUGUGGACAUACAUUCUGUACAGAAUGCAUUGAUGCUGCAUUCAAACACAAGAAGAUGUGUCCCACGUGUAAAACUGUAUGUGGAGUGAUCACAGGAGACAUGCCUCCAGGACAUAUGAAAGUCAUUGAGUCUCGGUCGAGUUUGCCUGGAUAUGACAAAUGUGGAACCAUAGAGAUUACAUACAGUUUCAGUGGUGGUCGUCAAAAGUUAGAACAUCCAGAUCCUGGGAAGUGGUAUAAUGGCAUCACACAUAUAGCUUACCUACCAAACAAUGCUGAAGGACAGAAGGUCCUUGCUCUGCUGAAGGUGGCUUGGGAAAGACGUCUGACGUUCACUAUUGGCAGGUCUGUUACUAUGGGCAAGGAUAGCUGCAUCACAUGGAAUGAAAUACAUCACAAGACACAUAUAACUGGUGGUCCAACAACUUUUGGCUACCCUGACCCUGGUUACUUGAAGAGAGUCCAGGAGGAGCUUGCUGCUAAAGGGGUGACUGAAGCAGACAUUGACUGGAGCACACCAGUGUGAGGGUUCUAUAUACCCUUCACAAUGAUAUUUCUGAUACCUUUCAGCAUGUUUUCAGUACGGAAAGUCAGUUUAACUGCUAUGAUGUUGCAAGAGUGUUGCCAAAAGCAGCAUAUAUCAUAUCUUUGUUAUUCAUAAUUCACUCAUUCAUUUAUAUGUUUUAGGGCAAUUACUACUUUUGACCUAAUUCAUUCAGCUGCAUAUUAUCUUGUACUACCUUUCAGUUUCAUUACUUUAUACUAUUGAUAUUACUUGCAUAAAAACCUGUACAGAUG